UUUAGGCACAUGGAGAGAAUUGUCUCCAAUUAGAUCAAGGAUAGGUUGUUUUGUGACUACAUGCCCUGCCUUUUUCAACAUCAAACCGUUUUCAUGUCCUAAAAAAUAAAAAAAGAUUUCUUUCCAAGCUUGAGCUUUAAAAAGAGUAGCAUUCUUUAAACCCAGUGGAGCUGACUUCUGAGUAAACCUACAUAGGAUGCAACCUGAAAAAUGCAAAUUUCUUGUCUAAAACCCAGAUUUCGAAACAGAAAUAGCUCAAGAAGGGCCAUUACUUAUUUUAAAGAAAGGAAAUGCUUUCAAAUUCUUUUAAGAAAACCACUGGAAACCCUCAAAGAAGUCCCUUGAAAUGUGAAGACGGGUUGAUAUUAACAAAAGCUUAUUUUACCCUCGAGUAGACCUGCUUGAAAUUGGCAAAAAAAAACCAGCAAAAACUUUAUUUUCCCCCCCAGAGCAAAACUAACCAGAAUAAUCAAAGCAAGCCUGAAAGUGAUUAGAAAUUGAAACAGAUUUCCCAGGGUGUAGUGAAAUUGACUAAUGAAGUUGAAAUUGACUAAUUUCUGUUGGAAAUUUGACUAAAUUCUAAUACUAAAUUCUACUAACUUCUGAACGAAAAUCAGAGAUGAGUUUUGUUGGGAGGGCUUGAUUUGGCAUUUCUUAGGGCUUCUCUUGAGGAAGACCAUGGUUUGUUUUGAUCCUGGCUUGUUUUUGGUGCAAACAUCCCUUUUUUCCUCCAGUUUUACAUUUCCAACUGUUUUUCUCCCUUUAGCUUAUUUUUCUUCUUUUAUUUGCCUCUGAAUUGCACUUUCAAGCAUUUUUUCCAGCCACUUUCCCAUCUAUUUCUCCUUCAUUUCUAAAUAAAUCCCACAUUUGCCGACAUUUUCUUUUUUUAGCGAUUCCUCUUCUCCAUCCUCUCCUGAAGCCAUUUUUUCUCUUUAAAAUUCCUUUUUUUGUCCUCACCGCCUCCUUUCAAGCUCCUGCUUCUUCUAUUCUUCAGUCUUUUCUCCAACUUUUUCUCAUAAAUGUCUUGGGUUUUUUUUCCUUCUUUUUUUCCCAUUUUCCUUGAGAUAUUUCCCCAUUUUCCUUCCUCGUAGCUUUAUUUUUUUUUAACUCCAAACCCAGUUUGCCUCGUGACCUAUUGCCCUUCCCUAAAAUAAAUUUAAAUUAAAAUAAUUUUAAUUUCCCAGCCACCCAAACUUAUUUUUUCCCCAAUUUCCCAUUUUUCUCUCUCCUUUUCCCUUCUUCUUUGCUUUAGAAUGUAUAUUUUUUAUAUCUUAAUUCCUUUCCCCCCCUUUAAGCUUCAGCUCCCCUUCCCUGCCUUCCUUGUGCUGUAAUAAUAUUUAUUUUUAAUAUAUAUUUGGUUCCAAUUUUUUUUCCCCUUCAGAAACCAUUUUGUUCCCGCCCCUUUUUUUGAAAAGAAAAAAAAAACCAAACGGGGACGGUUGGGGAGGUGGAGCCUUAAAUACCUCCCCUCGGCAAGCCCCGCCCCCUGGAGUCCCGCCCCCUCGCGCGGCGGCGUGGCGGAAGCCAGGAAUUCCAUUCGCUCUCCGCCUGCGAGCACGAGCCGGGCCGCGGGGCAGGCCGGGAGUGGGCCGCCGCACGAGGAGACGCGGGAGCGCGCUUCCCGACCCUCUCGCGGGCGGACAGCCAGCAUGGAGAGGGGCGGGGGCGCCCUCGCGGGAACGCGGCUGCUGCUGCUGCUGCUCUUGCUGCCUCUGCCGGGGUUGAUGCUCUCGGGCGCCCCCUGGGGGUCGAGCGCCUGGCAUUGCAGCUUGUCGGCGUCCUGCGAAUGCGAAUUCUGCCCUGAUUUAACGGGUCUCGAGUGCGAGUUAGCCCUGCGCCUGGUGGGGCAGCCUCUGGCCAGGCAGCUGGUCAUCCAAGGCCUGAAGAAGUUUGUGCAGGAUCCCAAGCCCACCAAGCCCCUGGUCCUGUCCUUCCACGGCUCGACGGGCACCGGCAAGACCUUCCUGAGCUCCUUGCUGGCUCAGCACCUCUUCCGGACGGGCCUCCGGAGCCCCUACAUCCACCGCUUCUCCCCGCUGGUUCACUUUCCCCAUGCUGACCACCUCCAGCAAUACAAGGACGAUCUCAGAAGCUGGAUCGAGGGCAAUCUGACCCAGUGUGGCCGUUCCCUUUUCCUCUUCGACGAGAUGGACGAUCUGCAUCCAGGCUUGAUCGAGGUCGUUGCGCCCUUCCUGGGACCUUCCUGGGUGGUGUUCGGGACCAACUAUCGGAAAGCCAUCUUCGUCUUUAUCAGCAAUACGGGCGCGGAGCAGAUUAACCGGAUGGCUUUGGACCUCUGGCGGGACCGCAGAGACCGCGAGGAGAUCAGUCGUCAGGAUCUGGAAGCGUCGAUUUUGGAGGCCAUUUCUAAAGACCCGCAAAACGGAUUCUGGAAAUCCGGGAUCCUUGAGCAAAAGCUGAUCGACAUCUGGGUGCCUUUCCUCCCCCUGCGGCAGCACCACGUGAAGCAGUGUGUGGUCAACGAGAUGGCUGGCCAGGGUCUCCUCCCUCGCCCACAAGUCGUGGACUGGGUAGCCGGCAACUUUUCCUACUUCCCCGACGAGGAAAAAAUCUUUUCCACCACCGGAUGCAAAACCAUAUCUUCCCGCAUCCCUUUUUUCCUAUGACCUCUUUGGAGGCGCUUUCCCAAUGCCGGAAUGGAGUUUACGGUUUUCUUCCAAGGCAUGACCGUUUCUGGGUUCUGAAGGACCAAGGACGGGGUCUUUUGAAAGGCAAAGAACGAUGCUGGCUUGAUCAAACGCGAUGCCCCUGUUACGACGUGGCCCGGAAUCCGGCUUUUUUUGAACUCUGAAGAAGAUUCUGUGAUGCAUUACGCGGGGGAAUCUUGCCUUGCUUUUAGAACACCGCUCCUCGGACGUUUUACAAAUUCCUGCCGUUAGUGCCGUUGAAUUAAUUCGUUGUUGUUUUUUUCUACACCUUCUUAAAAAUCCUACCUCUCAAGUCGAAGGAUGAUUCUGGGACACCCUGUGAUAUAUAUUUUUUAAAUCCAAUAAGCUGUAUUUUACGAUUCUAAUUCAGGGAUGGGGGGUGUGUGUGUGUGUUUUUCUCCAGGGCAUUCUCUUCUGUGUCAACCAGAACUUGAUGGACUGAGAUGUGGCUUGUUGCUACAAGUUACACCAAAUGCAGCUGCUUUUAAAAGACUUCGCAUCGACAGCGAGAGUCGGUUUUUCUUGGAGGUUUCGAGGAAGCACCAGCCAAAGAGAAUAUUUCUUUUUUUUCCUCUCUUUCUGUUUUUUCUAUCCCUUUUGGUGCAGAACAACAGAUUUGAACAACUAAUAAUAUACUGCAAUCCACCCCAGCGUGUAUGCUGCUAGUUUUAAAAAGCAGGGAAGAUUAGAAAUAGUGAUUUUUGUUGUUGUUGUUUUAUCAUGCAAAUGGAUGGCGUCUGAACAAAACCAGGCCGUUGGGAGACGUACCAACCAGAUUCAAAUCCAUGGCCCACAAAAAUCUGGGUCCUUCUCUGGAAAAGAUGGAGGAAGCGUCUGGAAAAGUGGAGUCUCUCAGCUGCGUGCAGGGAAAAAAAACUUUUGACGGCCCCUUCUUAUCUUGAGUUUAUUGCUGAACUGGACACACAAUAAAUGUGAAAAAACCUGGGCGUA